CCAGAGGAUUACAUAACAGCAACAAAUCUCAGCUUAUCUGCACAACGUGAUUUGUGACCACACACGUCUUCUCGUCUAUGUAAUAAAGACUAAAUCCACGCUUUAUAAAUUAGUGAAGUCUGGUGUUGUAACUAGUUCAAAUAAGAUAUGAUAUUAGCUGCACUCUUGCAUUAAAAUGACUAACUCGUUUUUGCUAAUCUCAGUAACAGUACUUGCUACAUUAACAUGGCAAGGCCAGUGUGCGAAAAUCUUGGCCGUCUUUCCAAUGCCCUCGUACAGUCACUUCCAACUGGGUUUCCGAAUCGCCAAAGAACUAGCUGACCGUGGUCAUCAAGUCACCGCAAUUAGUCCAUACCCCCAGAAGACCCCCAUCAAGAAUUACAAAGAUGUGUCUGUGGAAGAACUCGUGCCUUUUGUAGAAGAACUAAAGAAAAAUCUGUUCUCUGCCAAUGCAUUCACCCCACGUGACAGCCUCAAUUUUAUGUUCUUACUGGGCAAUACAUUAACAGAGAAAACCUUCAGCCAGAAAAGCGUCCAAGAUUUGUUAAAAUCUGACGAAACUUUCGACGUUAUGAUAAUGGAGCAUUUUGUUAACGACGCUUUGGUUGGAAUUGCACACCGUUUUAAAAUCCCAGUGGUAUUAAUAGGGUGUAUGCGCGCUAGUAGUAUCAACAACUAUAUUUUUGCCAAUCCAGCUCCUUCUUCCUACGUUCCAAAUCUUCUUGGAGCCUUCACCAAACACAUGAACUUUUGGGAAAGAAUUGAGAACUUUUAUUACAAUCUCCUGAAUGAUAUUAUGAGAGAAACGGUGUUUCUUUCCAAACAAAGAGAAAUUUUCAAGAAAUACAUACACACAGAUCUGGAAUUAGAUGACGUUUUGUACAACGUGAGUCUAAUGCUUACAACGUCACACGUGAGCAUCAACGAUGCAGUGCCUCACGUCCCAAGCAUGAUAGAAAUUGGAGGUUUCCAUGUCAAUCCACCAAAACAACUACCUCAAGAUCUGCAAACCUUCCUAGAUAAGUCUUCUGAAGGUGUCAUUCUCUUCUCCAUGGGGUCGAAUUUGAAGAGUAAAGAUUUGAAACCUCACGCUCGAGAUGCUCUUCUUCGUUCGUUUGCAAAAAUCAAACAGAAGGUGUUGUGGAAGUUUGAAGAAGAGCUACCGAAUGCUCCUGGAAACGUGAAGGUGAUGAAGUGGGUACCACAGCAAGAUGUCUUAGCCCACCCGAAUGUUAAAGCGUUUAUCUCUCACGGUGGUCUUCUAAGCACCAUCGAAACCGUCUACUUCGGAGUCCCUAUUAUUGGAAUUCCUGUUUUCGCUGACCAGAAAAUUAAUGUAGCUAACGCUGCACAAAACGGCUACGCUGUGAGCGUACCCUUAGCUGAAUUAUCAGAAGAGAAGCUCUCAUUGGCACUUGAUGAAAUCAUCAACAACCCUAAAUAUAGAGAAAAUGUUAAGCGGCGUUCGGAGAUAAUGCACGAUCAACCACUCAAGCCUAUAGAUGCGGCUAUUUAUUGGAUUGAACACGUAAUACGUCAUCAAGGAGCCCCUCAUUUUAGAAAUGCCGGAUUGGAUUUGAUGUGGUACCAACGACACUUGGUGGACGUGUUCGCGUUUUUGGGUUUUGUGGCGGUUGUAGGUUGUGUUGUAUUUUUCGUUGUCCUGAAGAAGGUAACGAGUUUGUGUUUCACGAAGCAGCCGAAAGUGACGAAGAAGAAGAAGAAUAAGUAAAUAAAAAUAUGUUGAAAGCUUAA